CACUUGGGAUGGACUCCAUGUCGACUACCGCCACUAACGCCCGACAGGAUACAAAAGACUCACAAGGGUUUACCAGCUGACAUCGUGAACGCGCUCGAGGCGAUCGUCUCACUGAAGACGCACAUUGCAGACGCACAUGACGCACUCCUAGCAUCUAAGAUCUCACAAGCUAACACAGCUAACAAACACGGAGGAAAGGAACUUACGUUCGAAAUUGGCAACCUCGUCUAUCUUUCAACAGCGCACAGACGGAGAGAAUACCUCAACGGCGACAACAAAAGGGUCGCGAAA